AACAAGCUGAGCCUAUAAUGCCGCUCAAAGAUCCGACGUCAGAUAUGGCUAUAAUCUCAAGAAAAGGUUCUGCUCUGCUCAAGGAGAUUCAUGAAAAACAGAGUACGAAUAAAUCGCGCCAUCGCUUUUGGGAGCUUGCUGGCUCAAAACUUGGAGAUAUUGUUGGUGUUGAGAAAUCAUAAGCCGAUGUAAUGUGUUUUGCAAGUUUGAAUGACGGUGUCCUCUCUCUCUCUCUCUCUCUCUCUCUCUCUCUCUCUCUAUGUUUUUUUUCCUUUAUAAAAGUUGUUGUAGUAAUGCCCAUGGAAACUGACUUAGGUGAAAAAGUGGGGUAUGCCGUUCGUGUUGAGGAUGUGACUGGGCCAAACACGGUAAUUAAGGUGAGACUGUUUUCGAUUGUCAAGAGCAAAUUCUUUAGGAUACUAUUUUUUUAAUGCUGACUUUUCUGAAGUAGUGUUGUUGCUUUUAAUCUGGGACAUAUCUCAAAUUUUGUUGGCUCCCUGAUAAAUUAUAAUCUAUGCCUUUUUGUUUUGGUUUUGUGCUCCGUCAUGUAUAAUUGUUUUUUUUGGUGGUCACUAACGUGUUGCAGUACAUGACAGAUGGAGUGCUUUUCCGUGAAACACUGAAAGAUUCCGACCUUGAAUAGUACCAGUAUGACAAUGUCUUCUCUACUCUGAUCUAUUACUUCUUGUUAAACUGGGUUGGAGUGGACUUGUAUAUGCAUGGAGAAUAACCUACGCAGACUCAGGUUCUUCAAGCAGAGCCUUACAUUUUGUUGUUUUUACUUGUUUCAGGGUUGUCGUGAUGGAUGAAGCACAUGAGAGAUCACUGAACACUGAUGUUCUCCUUGGGAUAUUGAAAAAGUUAGGUUGCCUAGAUGAGGUUUUGACAAUUGUCUCGAUGCUCUCGGUGCCGUCUGUAUUUUUCCAGCCAAAAGAUAGAGUGGAGGAGAGCGAUGCUGCAAGGGAGAAAUUUUUCGUUCCGAUAUCUGGCCACUUAACACUGCAUAAUGUCUAUCAGCAGUGGAAAAGUAAACAGUACAGAGGGGAUUGGUGUAAUGAUCACUUUUUGCUUGUCAAGGGCUUGCGGAAGGCUCGAGAAGUGAGAUCUCAAUUGCUGGAUAUUCUCAAGAUGUUGCGAAUCCCAUUAACUUCAAGUUGGCCCGACACAGAUGUCGUUAGGAAGGCCAUCUGUCUCUGCUGGAGCAUAAGAAGAAGCAGGAGGAAGAGAAGACAGCCAUGGAGGAAGAAAUGGAGAACCUGAGGAGAUCGCAGGCAGAUGCGGAGAUAGAGAUUGAGGUGAAAGAGAGGGAGAAGAGGGCGAAGCAACAGCAGCGAGUCUCAUUGCCUGGGUUGAGGCAGGGUACUUCUACUUACCUCAGACCAAAGAAAUUUGGUCUAUAACUGUACAUAGCGUUGUAUCAAUAGUAUAUAGUGUAACAUGUAAUUGUUAGCGGAAAAGCCAAUAAUUUGGU